UAUACAACAAUAACAGUUGUUAUUAUUAAAAAAAUAAUAAUAAUACUUAGAUCAAUAAAAAAAAAACAUUAAAUAAGCCACAUUGUGAUUGGUGGAACGCCGGAGGUCAAAGGUGAAGCACAUGGCGGCGGCGCAGGAAGAAGUUUAAACAUGGCGGAUAAAGAGAAGAAGAAGAAGGAGAGUAUUUUUGACUUGUCAAAGUACAUCGACAAGACCAUCAGAGUAAAAUUCCAAGGUGGACGUGAAGUGAGUGGCGUCCUAAAAGGGUUUGACCCUUUGCUGAACCUGGUGUUGGACGGUACAAUUGAGUACAUGCGUGACCCGGAUGAUCAGUAUAAACUGACUGAGGACACCAGGCAGCUCGGCCUCGUCGUGUGUCGAGGGACUGCUGUCGUCCUCAUCUGUCCUCACGACGGCAUGGAGGCCAUUCCCAACCCCUUCAUCCAACAGCAGGAUGGCUAACACACUCUCACACACACACACACACACACACACACGCAGGGAUUGUGUGUGUUUUUCUACAAGAUCUUUAGUUUUUGUUGCAUCCAUAUUUGUGGAUGUCUCAUUUGUUCAGGUGUAACAUAGUGUUUUUUUUCCUGGUUGUAAGGUCACUUAGGAGAUCUUUUAGUUUGUUUUCUAAAUAUGGAUUUGAAUUUAACUGUAUCAAGUCUCAAGAUCACAUGAUGAGUGCACUUAGUGCUAGCUUUAUUUUUACUAAUUAUUUUAAAUAAUUAAAUUGGAUGUUGAUAAAAUGUCUGAAGUUAAUCCUUUCCCUGUUUGUUCCACUUUUUUGUCAGAUGAAAUAAAACCUUAGUGUUUCUCUUUU